AUGUCCAAUGCUUUAACUUUCACUUUCUCUUUUCUCACAGAGUUGAAUUGUAGAGUCCCAUCAGAUAUUGUGUUUGUUUUGGACGGUUCCGAAAGUCUAAAAGACGAUGACUUUAAAAGUAUGAAAAAGUUUGUGAACAAUUUACUACUGGGAUAUCCAGUAGAAGAAAACUACACGAGAAUCGGCGUGAUUGUGUUCGGAACCUAUCCAGCCGAUACCAUAGAACUAACGUCAACGUACAACAAAUAUUUAUUAGCGGCAAGAAUUGAAAAUCUUGCUCACCCUAAAUCCGGUACCGGAACCGCUCGGGCGUUAGAAUCCAUGAGGGAAAUGUUCCGAACUAAAAGUACACGUGACUUUGUCCAUCGCGUGGGAGUGGUCAUCACGGACGGUCGUUCCGCUCGACCGGAUCAGACCAAAAACCAGGCAGCCAUGGCGAGGGCAGAGGGCAUCACUCUGUUAGCUAUCGGAUUCGGAUCUAGUAUCUUCAGAACCGAAUUAGAGACAAUUGCAACUGCAUCCAAUGUGUUCAGCGUGGCUAAUUCUUUCAAUGACUCCCUGGAGAGGGUGGAUGCCGCAUUGAGACCCUUAGUCUGUGAAGCACCACCUGUAAUUGUAUUAUCUGGUGGAUCUACCGUUCUUCUGGGAGGAAGUAUUAUCUUAACUGCCACAAUAAGCACAUCUUCAAACAUCACCUCCAUGAAAUGGCAGAAGGUCACAGGAAGUGGCGUUGUAACAGAUAUAGACAUUGCGUCAUCUUCUGGGAAAUACUCUGGAAGCACUGUUUCUUCGUUAAAUCCAAGACUUGUUAUCAAUAAUGCUAAUUAUAAUGACGGCGCCAUCUAUCGGCUGGUUGUGACAAAUACUGGAGGAGAGACUACCAGUAAUCUUAUUGAAAUCCGAGUCGUCGAACUCCCAAGCAUUACCAUAAGCGGAAGUUCUAUUGUUGGAUACGGAAGUACAGCUACAUUGUCAGCUGUUAUUUCCGCCACCGUCCAGAUUCUGUCCGUCAGGUGGCAGAAAGUGUUUAGUAACGGAGCCGCUUAUGACAUCGACGUGAUAGGAACUUCCGGCAAAUACACCGGAAGUACUAACUCUAUAACUAACCCUGUUCUUGUGAUCAAUGGCGUUGACAGCACGGAUGAGGCUAAUUACCAGUUGGUAGUCACUACGGCCCUCGGAGAGGUGUCUAGUAACCAGAUAAACCUUAUCAUAACAGGAGGCCCCACUAGUCCAAUCACUACAACAAAGGCUCUACCUUUCACUACGGACAGAAUCAACUCAAUAGCACCUGAGCUUUGUCCAAAUUGUAUCAUUGGUCGAAACUGGGGCUAUAAAUCCGUAGCUGGAGAUUGUACAAAGUUCAUCUACAUGCUACCUGAUGCUGACGGAAAGGCCCUGGAAUUCAUGCACGUGUGUCCUUGGGGACAGUUUUGGAAUCUGAAUCAUCUAACAUGUCAACCCGCCCACGAAGUAUACUGCCCGGAUAGUCCUUGUAUCGGGAAGAUUGCUGGCACUAUAGCAAUGGCGGACCACUGCAGUGCAUUCUGGGUAUGUCUGAAUGGAACCGCGGUGGCUUCCUGUUGUCCGUCCGGCAAUAACGCUUACGUACAGGGCGUGGGCUGCACCACGGAUCCAACCUGUUUGUCAGAUUGUCCUCCAAAAGAUAACAGAAUUGUCGCCCCUGUUGUUUGCACAAACUUUCCUGAUGUUACUGAUGAACAGAAAUUUAUACAAAUGGCGCCGUCUGGAAACAUCUCUAUGCGCUGUCCGCUAGGAACCGCUUUCGUCGCCGCUGAUUGCGGCUGCACCAGGAUGGUCACCAUUCUGCCUUCCUCAAAUCUUAAUGAAUGUAAACCGGAAGUAAUCAUGACUUUUGAUGACCCGUCUAGACCCUUUGCGGACUCCUCCACGAAUGGCAUCACCGUCACGUACGAAUACGUCGAUAUUGACCCAGCUCUGAGAAUGGCCAAAUUCAACGGAUCUGGAAUGAUCAAUCUCUACCGCUUCGCAUUCGUUGAUUUUCAGGAGAGCCUCGUUAUCAGGCUUGAGUUCCAGGAACUACCAGGUGGCGCUGAACAGCAGGCACUGGUUACCAAUUGUAUCUUCUCGUACCAGGAAGAGGCCACGAUAUCGAUGAUUGUGGAUAAGAAAAUCAGCGCUGUUAUCUUUGGAUUGGAGACUUCUGACGCCAAGGCAGAGUUCAUCGUGCCUUACACGAAAAAUGUGAUGAAUAAGGUAAUCUUUAUCUACAAUGGGGAGAAUGCAGUGGCAGUUAUUAACAACGUGAGGGCUAAUGUUAGACUUACAGGACACAUUAUUAAAAGACAGAGUGGUAUUGUUAUCGGAGCCGGAAGUCAAUUAGGGCAUUUUACCGGAUAUGUUGAUAACUUUGAACUUUUCAUGUGUCUACCAUCGGAGAUUGAUCAAUAUCUGAAAGACUGAAAUAUGCAGAUGUGAAUACAGUGUAUCAAUUCUACUGUGGACGAGAAACUAUGUACAUAUAUAGAUCCAUAUGGAUUAUGUUCUUUAUGAAAUGACUUGUAAAUCUGUGAAUACAUAACCAUUAGAAAUGACCAAUCUUUCUUACGUUCUACAUGACUGUUCUUGUUUUGCUUUGAGAAUAUUUAUUCUUAUUUUGAAUGCUU